AGGUAAAAUAUAGAAUUCCCUUAUCAACAUGAAUCACUAAUCUCUCUGUAGCUCAAUCCAUACGAAAAGCCAGUAGCAUCAACUGUAACAUGAUAAAAGACAACUUUAUACAACCAACAAAGAAGGGUGUCAUUGCCUAUGACCAUAUCUUGUCAUUUCAAACUUCGAUAGAUGAAUUAUUAAUCACAGCAAGGUCCAGCUAUCCUGCCAAUGUUAUCCAAGCCAUGAAAGUCAUUGUCUCUGUUUGUAAAUUGAUAACAGAACAAGUUGAAAACAAUGAAAGCCGAUUGACAAGUGACUCCAAACAAACCCUCUAUGAGCUAAAGUCAAGGUUUUCUACAGCUUUAUCAGAUCUGUUGAUUGCAGCAAAACAUCAUGCUAACGGAAUGGGAAUCAGUCCAGUGAGUUUAUUGGAUCAUUCAGCAGGAAACUUGUCUGCGGUUGUAGUCGAUCUAGUUAGAUUGGUGGGAAUGAAAGAUACAGAUAAUAACGAUCAGAAAGGCUUCCAGAAUGAUUACAACAACAACAACACAACUAGCGCUUAUGAAACUAAUAGCAAUAGUCCACCAUCUCUUUCUCAAAUAAGAUCACAACUAAAAGAUACGGAUGAUAACUAUAGUUUACUAGAACAAACAUAUAUAACACCUGCAGAAUUGACAAAAUAUCUAAAAAAUGAAACAGAUACUAUUGUACAAACAAUACAAAACUUACUAAGUGCGCUACGCCUACCGCAAAAUGGGGAAGUUUAUUCCAUCAUCACUUCAUUAAUCAAAAUUAUAAGCACCAUCAUCGAUAAAUCAAGCUCCGUGUGCUCGAGUCCAUCAGGAUACGCUUAUACCAGAGCUUGCAGACCCAUCUUGAAUGAACUAGAUCAAUGCUCUCAAAGAUUAAGCUUACUUCAAAAAAGUCAAUUUAUAAGUGGCGCAGUAGCCACAGCCAAUGCUAAGCGGGAUCUUGCAAAGGAGGCAUACGAGAUUGCAAAAUACACCAAAGAAUUAAUUAAUUUGUUUGAAACAGAUUAAAGAUGGUCCCCCCUCAUUUAUUUAAUAUUGUAAAUAAAGCUUAUAUUUAACUUUUAUCUUUGAGCAUCAUAAAGUCACUUUGGGCCUAUUUAGCUUGAUGUUCAAAAGAGAGACAGAAAGGAAGAAUAGACGAGAUCAACAUCAUCCUUUUCUUAAGACUGAUUAUUUAUAUAACAGAAAAUGAACGGUUUAGCCACUCAGUUGGAAAAUCAGAGUGAAAGAAAAAGCGA